AGAGCGCCCUAUAAAUGAUCCUGUCAUGGAGCUMAGAGCCGCCACACUUUACCAAACAGCAGGACUGAGCUGAGGUGAUUAACAGAGCGGACUAAACUCCCAGGAGGCAACUGACCCAUCGGCUGGAGGACUCGUCUUUGCCUUUUCUUGUACUUGUUUUUCUUAACUUGCAUUGGCACUUUUGAGCGUUUCGCGCCGCAACACAAUCUCGGCAACAGCAGACAGACCAAUGGAGCAAAGCAGCAACCAAGCGGACGUGGAGUCUCUCCAGAAAAGCGUCGGACGGCGUCGGAGCUUGGUGGAUUUCUUCCUCGGCAUGUCCGUCGUGGUCCUGUUCGUGGCGGUCACGGCUCUGGCUGUCGGCGGGAUGCUGGUGGUGAAGGAGCUGCGCUCCGAGCUGCGUGACCCCGGAUCGAUACACGCCCGCCUGGUGGACAGUGGGUCUCCUUCCCCCUCUCCAGCUUACAAGAUGCACAAUUUUGCUUACUUGGAAGCCAAUGAGAGUAAACUAGACAACACUACAAUGUCUUGGAGGGCCGUCCGUUAUGGCGAAAGGACAGAGAUUGGGAGCAACUUCCAGUACGACACAUUGAAGCGAUCCCUGACGCCGUUGAAGAAGGGGACCUACUUCAUGUACAUCCAGGUCACUAUCAACUGCACACACAAAUGCGAAGCAGGCGUCCUCAAGCUGGAGGUGACCGGCAAGCUCACCUGCAACGUGGAGCUUACGGACGACGUGGAGAAAACGCCCGUCAGUAAAAAGUGCUGGACAGUGACCCAGCUGGACAAUGAAGACCUGAUCACUCAGAUGACUGUACCGAAGAAGAUAAAGGAGAACUGGAGUUUGGACGUGAACAGAUCGGGGCUCGGGGUGUUUCUCGUAGACUGACGAUCUGCGGCUGCAGAUGUCUGGAAGAGAACGGGACCCUGACCCUGUGGGGGGGUCGCAACACAAACGCAAACACCAGUGAGUUCUUUGUGUAAGCUCAGGAAGGCGGAAACGUGCUGAUAUCGGUACCGAUACCAGUCAAGAGUUGAGGUGGGAUGUUUUGUUUUUGUUGUUUGUUUGUUUUUUUUUUUUUUUUUUUUUUGCACUGAAGAUUUAAAACCAAAGAGUCUCUGCAAGGACUUUAAAGAGAAAUCUCAGGACAAACAUCACUCAAUAUCAAAAAACUCAGUUUUCUGCAUCAUCUUGCAGUGUAUUUAUUUCAAGUUUUAUUUAUGUAUCUAUAUUUAUAUCUGUGGGAAUGUUCUAUUAUUGCUGUAGAUGCCACUACAUAUGUGUUGAUGUGCAAUGCAUUGUUACCGCACCGAUUUGGUUCAGUUUUGAACUCGGGGAGCUGGAUGUUGUUUCACAAAACAAAGGGUAACACGUCGUCAAGGAGACAAAGUUCUGCAAUCGCGACCGGCGAUUACGGAUGAGACGCAUUCCAUGUGGAAACUCGCGAGCCGGGAAAACGUUCCGCUUGUGAGAAAAAUGUAAGUCCUAUGGACAUAACUAUUCAAACGUGAAUGUAUUUUUGUUGUAAUCCAUGUCAAACAUGGAUGUAAUGUUCUUAAGUUUAUUGCAAAAAUGAAAAAAUAAAUAUCAAAAAGUAAAAUCA